AGGUGAUGCUGGCGGAGCGGCGCGGCUCGGCCGAGCUCUUUGCCAUCAAGAUCCUGAAGAAGGACGUGGUGGUGCAGGACGACGACGCCGCCUCCACGCUGGUGGAGAGGAGGGUGCUGGCCCUGGGGCCCCGCCCCCACUUCCUGACACACCUGCACUCCACCUUCCAGACCCCCGACCGGCUCUACUUUGUGAUGGAGUACGUCACCGGCGGCGACCUCAUGUACCACAUCCAGCAGGUCGGCAAGUUCAAGGAGCCCCACGCGCCCCCGUUUGACGGCGAGGACGAGGACGAGCUGUUCCAGUCCAUCCUGGAGCAGACGGUGACCUACCCCAAAGCCCUGAGCCGCGAGGCCGUGGCCAUCUGCAAGGGGUUCCUGACCAAACACCCCGGGAAGAGGCUGGGGGCCGGGCCGGGGGGCGAGCAGGAGGUUCGGGGUCACCCCUUCUUCCGCAGAACCGACUGGGAGCGCCUGGAGCGCCUGGAGGUGCCGCCGCCCUUCACCCCCCGCCCGGUGAGUGCCCCAAAACCGCCCCAAAACCGCCCCAAAAACACCCCCAAAAUGUCCCCAAAAUAUCCUUAA